UAACAGCCACGCCGUUUGCUCUGCAUUUCUCGCACGUCUGAGUUUUGUUUUCCGACAGUCAAGGCCCGCUUUCGAUCGACGAGGUCGACCACUGACGACACAGUAGUACAGCGUGACUCAGAUGGCUACUGGUGAUGGGGAGGCAGUAAUAAGAACUGGAGCCAAGAGAAAGAGACAGGAACUGCAGGGAGAAGGCAAGCAAGAGGGACACAAGAAGUUCAAAGGAGAAGGGGACCAAGUCUGGACGUGGAAGAAACCACUCCCUCCAAGUAAAGCCGCACUCAGGAAGGUCUUUGAGAACACCAGUAACCUCAGUCGCCUCUGCCUCCAUCUCUCCAUCCCUGGUGAUAAGUGGGAUGUUGACAGUGCAGUAGAGUACUAUGUACAGAGUACAGAUCCAAUGAAAAUGAGAAAGAUGAUAUUCUGGCUGGACAUGAUUGGAGACACAGCUCUAGCAGACUCACUGAUGGAGUAUGUAGAGCCC